UUUGUGUCGAGAGAUUUUUGGGAGUGAAAUGUUCUUCAGUGAAUGCAUUUAAUUUAAAUUUCUGUAUCCCUUUUGGUAUAACUAAGCAACUAAAAGUCAGAACUUAUAUGCUUUCUUUUGCUAUGGUGUCAAUAUCCCCCACUAAAUACUGUUAAAUACUUCAUGUGUUAAUAUACACAGGUGUUGACGUUUAUAAAAUAGUACAAUACAAUACUGGUGUAAAAACAUUAGAAAGUAUUUAGGCAUUACAGAAAAAAGAGGGAUUUUUCACCCCAAACGUGACCAGUAGAGGGCACUCACAGACCUACAUAAACAUUACCUCAAUGUAGAGCUCUGCGCGAGACUGUUUUUUAAAUCCUACUCCCGCUGAAUUUCUGACCAUUACCGCCCGCUCCUGUUAUCUAUCUGUCACUCUCGCCCGUUCCCGCAAUAUUUCUGUCCAAUCCCGCCCGCACCCGCAUAUCCAUUGACGGAUAUACUGUAUGAUGAAAUAAGUUUAUAUGCAUUAAAUAUCUUAAUUCAAUGGAACAAGAACUAAAUAAAGAAAACAAAUUCAACAAAAAUCUCUCAACUUUGAAUCGCAAAUGUAAACUGAGCCCAAAAACUAAUCAGAUGUGCAAAUAUCUGCAGUUAUUUAAAAAAAACAAUCCAUACAACAAAUGUUUAAAUAUCACAUUAUUAUAAACAAACAAGAGCAGCUUAAAAACAGAAAAGAACCCUGAACCUUAUUUCAAAGAACUACAUUUAAACUAGCUGAACAUCACAAUCUAAUACAAUGGCUCAGAACAAACAGGAAUAUAUAACACAAAAUAAAUGACAUCAUUUGCAUUCUCCAUCCUGCCAAAAAUCUUGGGACCCGAUGUCUAUUUUCAGCCGCCCGGUCCCGUCCGCGGAACCUUAAAACCGCCCGCUCCCGCGAGAUUUCCGUUGGGUCCCGCGGGAUCCCAGUCCCAAUGCUGGGCUCUAUCUCAGAGUUAUACACCGUAUCUCAGUUUGGAGUGCAACAGGAGAAAUAGCUUCAGAAUGAGCAGCAUAGAUAUGUGACCUGUAAAAACUGAAAUUAAGUGUGCGGGCGUUUGAAAUAACAGGUGUGGCUUAGAAUGUGUGUUUUAUUAGUUACAAGUCUUAAACAAUGGAAUGCUGUUUAUGGUGUACUCUAGACUUGAGCUAUGUGUUGUGUUGACUGUAACCCACCCUUGACCCAGAUCAGGGAUGGAUGGAUGGAUGGAUGGACAUCUUAUAUUAUAUGACUGUAUAGUGUAUGUGUCAUAUGAUUUAAGAUAUAAAUUCUCACUCUAUAAGUAGGCCGGGUUAUGACUAAAUAAACAAGGGAUUUACAUGAUUUUGCUCAAGUUCUGAAAACGUUAUAAAAAUAUAAAUUAUUAACAUGCUAAAAACAAUGGCCGCUCUUGUUAUGGGUCUACAGCUUUUCAAUCUUAAAUAUUAUGAGAACAGGCAUGCAAAACUCAGGGGAGGAGACGCAAGCACAUAGGUCGACAUUUGGGUAAGACUACUGGGAAAUGACACAUACCUGUACCUCUUACCGACGAAACCGCCUAAACUGGUUAAAUAAAACUGCCAAUUAACAUAUAAGAUCUACCUGCUAAUCAAGAAAUUCGCGUUUAUUAAAGGUGCUGUAGCCUACUAGAGACAAGCAGCGCACACACAAGGAAAGCCGACAACUUUCACCACGGUAAAACACUGUAUUCAGGACUUACACCACAAAGGGACAAAACUUACCAAAAUCAACAAAUACACAUAUUAAAGCAUGUGUGUUUUCAUGGUAAACCGAAUUCGAAAGUAUAAGGCAGAAAAUAUGUCAAUUAUUAUUAAAGCCUCAUUAUGUCGCCUCGAACUCAUCUGGCGUCACGCAAGAAAAUCUCACGGCAAAUCUAUAUUAUUCCAUUAUAAACCUAUAAUGAGCCACAUCCAAAGCGUUGAAGUAGUUAGCAAACCCUCCAGACUAUCUACAAGGUAAUAAACUCGUACAUACAUUUAGGCUAAAUGUGUUGCAGACGAAUUGAAAACUCACUCCGUGGUAACUUUAUUAUGCUUUAAUCUUAUUAUGCUUUCAUUUAGGCUACUAUUCCUCAUCAAAUAGAGAAGGAAGGAAAUAAAUAAUGAGCGCAUAGCUGUCAGGUAGUGUACCUCCCUUUACGAAAUACUCUGAAGGCGGGAGCAUAGCUAAUGAGUUGCCCAGAAACGAAACCCAGGCAGAUUCUGAUUCUGCUCUCUUUCCGUUUUCUUGAGUGAGAGCCCUUCACGUGUUUUCUACAUACACUGUCCAGCUCCGUCACUCCACCGGGAGAACCUGAAGAACGCCCAACCCUUAGGAAUGUGACAGAAGUGCGCAGGUGGUAUACACAAGGUACUGCACACCAAACCGGAAACUAAGCACCAACAGGGCAGUUGACAGCCUUCGCUUGGUGUGGAUGGUAGUGUGACGUGACUGUCCACCUUCUGCAAGACACCGGAAGGCUUUACCACACAGCCUUAACUGGCUUUUAAGCUAAUCAAGUCAUAAUAUUAUAAGUGAAACAAAAAGAGCGUUACAGUGGGAACGGCCAGAAGACGUUUCACUGACCAGCUGCUGUGCCGUCAUCCACCUCAGUACAGGACAUGGAAUGUUAUACAGUGAGAUUUAUAAUAAAUAAACAGAACAUACGCAAAAUAUCCCUGGAUAAAAAACCAGACACACUUGAGGAACUGAAGAUAAUACUCAGAGACAAAUUCAAUCUGGAACAUGAUUUCAAUUUAAUGUAUGAAGAUCCAGAGUUCAAUAAUGCGCUCUGCAACCUGGACGACAUAGCAGCUUUACCAGCACGAAGAGCUACAUUGAAGCUCAUUUCAUUAUUGCCCAUGACAUCUAGCCCUCCUUCCUCCACUCCUAGCUUGUCUGAUGAUACAGAGAUUCUGUCUUCACCCACUCCAACCAGACGAGAGAAAUGGCCGGAGUUUUUUGACGUCCCCAACUUUUCUGUGGAUGUGGAAUGCAGAUUGAGACAGGCAAACCUUGCCUUCACAAGAGACAAGAUAUACGCCAAUAUAACAAGGGACAUGAAGCACAGAAUACUGGAAAAGCUUGCUGAACAGAUGUACAAAUUUGAUGCCUACCCAGAUGACGAGCGAAUCCAUUCCGUGGCAUUAGCACUUAUAAGCAAACACCCCUGCCUCACUGAACCAGGCUCACCAAAUGGAUGCUCUGGCUGGAAAAACAGCUUAAAAUUCAAAAUGGGGAACUACCGCACUAAAAUGAGAAGGGCAGGGUGUGUAGACGUUUGUAUAAAUGGAGGCAAACAACGUGUUCCAGGAAUGCUAUCAAAAUGCCUCAAGAGGCCAAAGAGGUUUGAGGUGAAUUAUUUACCGGGUCUCCCAGAUGGGCAGAAUGAAGAGAGCCUGGAGGUUGAGAGGAAGGCCCUGGCUGAAGAAAUGAGAAAAAAGAUCUGCAGUGCAACUGCCAUUGCAUCAAAGAUGGAGCAGACCUUCCCAGUGCGUAGACGGGAGAUUGUGGAGACUGGAUCCCCAGUGCAGACAGUGAUGGAGAGGUGGCCAGCUCUUUUCACAGAAAAACAAGUGUAUGCGGAAUUUAACAGGAUAGCCACCACAAACCUGCGGACUGACUUUUUUGAUGCCUUGGACCGAUACACACCACGCCUCAUCACAAUCUUGAAGUCUAAGAGAGGAAAUGUUGGGCAGACAUUGACUGAGUUACUGAAACAAAUUAAUGUUGGGAAGCCAGAUGUUACAGCAAUGAGGUCCCUUGUUCUGAAAGGCCUCCCUGUUCUACUUGGUGAUGAUCCCGAUGACUUUUACAAGACCUGCUUUGAUAAUCACAACAACCUUUGUGGUUUAUAUUUACUGCGGAUGGAAACAGGAACUGCUUGAUGAAUGUGACAUAAUGGCCGCCAAACAGCAUAGAGAUAUUGGCAGCACCUGAGUCGUGGGUAAGGUUGUCGACAGUGUCUGCAGUGAGGCAAACAUUGAUUGGUCAUUGGCCAAAUGAAAAAGUGCACAGGAAGACUCUCCAUACUCAGAUAUAUUAGUUAGCAAUAGGUACUGUGUAGUUACAUCAGUGAAACCCAGAGACAAAAAGGGAAAGACAAACUUGCACUGUUCUCGCCAUGGUACUUAAACUGGAAACAGUCUACUUUCACUAGAUGUUUACCUGUUUGGAGGGUGUGAGGGUGAAGCUAUGCAAUUGUGAUGCAUAAGGCAGCGAGAAGUAUGAAUGGCAAAAGAGACAGCUGUGUUUGCAGUAGGAUUAAACAAGCCCGUAGACCUACAAUUCCCACUCAGUCAGGUGUUAUGUCAUACUCUCUUUAAAUCAGUACAAUGUAGCUGGUAACAAGGAAUGAGGCGGGGUGUGACACAAAAAGUAUACUUUUGUUUACAUCAGAAUGGUGGCCAUCAUGGCUGGAUCACAUGUUUACCGUGUCCAGUGUGAAACAUAAUAUUAUAUUGGUGGUUUUCUCUAGGAUUCAGAGAAUGAAGAGGCCUUCGGACAGAUGUCUGUCGGGUUGCUAACUUCAGUCAGAGAAGAUGCACCUCGAUGCUCCCCUAAUCUGCUCCACCUUGAUGCGCUCUCGAUGGCAAUCGUCAUCGAGGGAAGGAUCGUAAUGAGUGAUCUCCUCAACCUUCCACAAGCACUUUGUCUCCUGUUUGGGUUGUUGUAUUCUUUGCACUUAGAGUAUCCCAAGUCCAUGAAAAAUACUUUCAGCUUCAUUCAAAAAGUAAUGCUUGGCUUGGGAGAGAACAAGCUUUCACCGAAACUGCAAACACUAAAAAAUCUCUUGUUGAGUUAGAUUUUCAUGAUGUUAUGGCUACCUGAUUUACAAAUGUAACAAAAACCAUGAUUCUAUUUUCAUUGUGGUGUACCAGGGAGGUACAAGUAGUUCUGUAAUUCAAAAUGUGUCAUUAAUGGUUUGUUUAAAUGGUUUCAAACUAUGUGCAAUGUCUGACUAUGCAUUUUGCUAUAUCUUGUUCUUUUUUUUGAUACCACGAGGGACUAUAUGAUGUUGCAGGCUUAUUUUCAUGUGACGGCAAUGUGACAAAAGUAAGCAAAGGACAGAUUUUAUUUGGUGCAUAGACAAAACUGAAAUUGUAUAAAUAAUUUCAGGAAAGUGGAAAUUCAAAGUCCAUUAUAUUGCUCAUCUUUAUUUAAAUUUUGUCUUUUUCUUUUAUAUUGGGUCCCAUGCUGUUGGCUGCAAACUGCUAUGGGGAAAAUAAACUGAGUUUUAUGCAACAGC